UGCAUUUUGUGUGAUCACAUCCACAGCCAAUCGAACGUUAUACUAAGACGGCUGGGAUUGUGUAUACUCUAAGAGGGGUAGAGGGAUUUUCUUAUUUCUGCUCUGGUAAAUCUGUCGCUCCAGUCAGUGAGGCAGCGAAGGGCAAGCUGCGCGCCGUUGACCGUCUCCCUGCUGCUUUUUUCGUCUACUCAGCUGCCAAUACUACGAUUUGUGACGGAACAUUACAACUCCAGAGUUAUUGCCUUGUAUGUAACCGACGGCUGCUGGAUUACAAUCGUCUUUCCAAUGGAUCCGAUUAUAUCAGAAAGCACCAGCACUGAAAUUGGGGAACAACCGCAACAAUUGCAUCAACAGCAACAACAUCAACAACAAUAUGGAGAAGUAAAUCAAUUAGGCGGUGUAUUCGUUAAUGGAAGACCACUUCCCAAUGCAGUCAGAUUGAGAAUAGUCGAGCUUGCACAAUUGGGUAUCAGACCAUGUGAUAUCUCACGACAAUUACGUGUUAGUCACGGAUGUGUCAGUAAAAUACUGGCACGCUAUCACGAAACGGGUAGUAUUCUACCAGGCGCAAUUGGUGGCAGCAAGCCACGUGUGACUACACCAAAAGUUGUGCAAUACAUAAAGCAAUUGAAAUUAAAAGAUCCAGGGAUUUUUGCAUGGGAGAUCAGAGAUCGAUUAUUGUCUGAUGGCAUUUGUGACAAAUAUAACGUUCCAUCAGUAUCCAGUAUAUCAAGAAUAUUAAGAAAUAAAGUUGGCACAACGACAACUAUGCAUCAUCAUUCACAUCAUUCAGCUCACCAUCAUCAUCACCAUCAUCACCAUUUUUAUGCAGCUGCAGCAGCGGCUGGUGCAGCUCUUUGUCCAGUUCCGUAUCCACCGACAUCUUAUCAUCCGACAGCGCCGCCUUCCAUUCCACAUCAUCAUCAUCAAGUUGGACCAUCAUCAGGGAGUAAACUGUCAUCAUCGUCUCCUCCAGCAGUACAUGAUAAUGGUGGACAUCAAACAACUAUCAACAACUCUUUGCAAUGGCCGAGUCCUCACACUGUACAUGACAUUCUGGCUAAUAGUUGUAAUGUACAGAACUCGUCGUCUUCUUCAUCAACUUCGUCAUUAUGCUCCACGAUUAAUAAUAAUCAUCAUCACAACCAUCGUGAUGACAAUUGUGUUAACAAUGAUAUUAACAGUAAUAAUGAAAAUAAUAAUGAUCAUAGAAUAUCGGGCGGUUAUCUUCACCACCAUCCUCACCUAGCACAUCAUCAACAGUAUUACGCAUCAGCGCUGUAUCAUCAUCAUCAUCAUCAUCGUACAGAUGCUGUGACGGCAGCCACCAUAUCAUCUACACUUUCUGUGCAAGCUAUUAUGUUACAGUCAGGAACAACAAACCAUCCAACCAGCCCUUGCAAUUAG